AUGCUGUCGAUUAACCUGCGGGACUAUCUCAAACUCAUGCGCCUCGACCGUCCGGUCGGCAGCCUGCUGCUGCUGUGGCCAACUCUGGCUGCGCUGUGGAUGGCCGCCGGAGGCGUACCGCCGGUUUCGUUGAUCAUUAUCUUUACCCUUGGCACAUUUCUUAUGCGCUCCGCGGGUUGCGUCAUUAACGACUAUGCGGACAGACAUGUUGACGGGCAGGUGAAACGUACCCAGGACCGUCCUUUAGCAACUGGUCAGAUCAGACAUCGAGACGCGUUGCUGCUGUUUACCGGCUUAUGUCUGGCUGCCGGGCUGCUGGUGUUAUUCCUUAAUCGAGCAACGCAACUGCUUGCCGUCGGCGGUUUACUGGUCGCUGCCGCUUAUCCGUUCAUGAAAAGAUGGACCCAUCUGCCUCAGGUUGUGCUGGGUAUCGCAUUCAGCUGGGGCAUCCUGAUGGCCUGGACCGCCACCGAUCGGGGGCUCACCAAUACUGCUGGCGUCAUGUUUGUCGGCAGCCUGUUAUGGAUUGUGGCCUACGAUACGAUGUACGCGAUGGUGGACCGGGACGAUGACCUGAAAGUGGGCAUAAAAAGCACCGCCAUUCUGUUUGGCGAUCUUGAUCGCAUCAUGAUCGGCAUUCUGCAGAUCAGCGCGCUCAUGUCGUUUAUACUGGCGGGUCUGCAGCUGGGUUACCAACAUUUUUACUAUGUUGGGCUGCUGGUUUGCGCGGCGCUGUUUGGAUAUCAGCAAUAUCUUAUUCGUAACCGCGAAAGGGAGGUACCGUUGUCGAGCUGGUCGUACACCAGCCGGGCUUGUAGAUACACGGUGCUGUUCCUGAUACGCGCCAUAGACGGGCUGAACCAACGUGUCGCGCAGGCAAUCCGCUGGCUGGCGCUGUUUAUGGUCCUCAUCACCGUCACUAUUGUUGUAUUACGGUACCUGUUUGGCGUGGGUGCUAUUUUUCUGCAGGAGAGUGUCAUGUACAUGCACGGCAUUCUGUUCAUGCUGGCUAUACCCUUCACCCUCCGCGCAGAUGGACAUGUUCGGGUUGACCUGAUUUACAGCCGGCUCAGCCAGAAACAUAAAGACUGGAUCGACGCCGGGGGGCAUCUGCUGCUGCUGUUGCCUGUGAGUGUUUUCAUAUUUGUAACCAGCCUGCCUUACGUAUCCGCGAGCUGGCGGGUUCUGGAAGGCAGCACCGAAGUAGGGGGCGUGCCGGCUGUAUUCCUGCUGAAAACUCUAAUGGGCUCAGCGAGAUUGCCAAACGCCUGCUCCCGUCUGUCGGAAAACGCUGACAUGGACUACACACCUAUCGCCAUGUUUACAGUGACGUUUGUCGCCUUGUUGGCUGGCUAUCCAGUGGCUUUGACCCUCGGUGGGGUAGCGCUGCUGUUUGCAUUGGGUGGCAUCCUUACCGGCGCUUUUUCCGUCGGUGAUCUGGGUUUCAUGCCGGGGCGUUUGUUUGGCACCAUCACUAACCAGACGCUGGUGGCGGUGCCGCUGUUUGUUUUCAUGGGCGUGAUGCUGGAGAAAACACGUCUGGCUGAAGGUUUGCUGGAGAGCCUGUCCAGUCUGCUGCGGCGCUUUCGCGGUGGGCUUGCCAUUACCGUGGUGCUGGUUGGUAUGUUAAUGGCUGCGAGCACCGGGAUCGUGGGCGCUACGGUAGUCACUAUGGGCCUGAUGUCAUUGCCGACCAUGCUCAAACAGGGUUACCAGCCAUCACUGGCCACAGGCACAAUCUGCGCAACGGGCACUCUCGGGCAGAUUAUUCCGCCCUCCAUUGCCCUGGUGCUGCUGGGUGAUGUGUUAUCAAACGCGUACCAACAGGCGCAAUUGAACAUGGGUAUCUUUGCGCCAAAGGCGGUUUCUGUGGGUGACCUGUUUGCCGGCGCCCUGAUGCCAGGCCUACUCCUGGUAGGGUUUUAUCUGUUGUACGUGAUCGGCAAAGGUUUCUUCGACCCGGAUUCAAUGCCGGCUGCGGCAGCCGACGACGCGCCAGACAUCAAUCUCAUGCAAACCCUGUCCAGCCUGCUGCCACCCUUGACUCUGAUUGUGGCUGUUCUGGGUUCAAUCCUCGGCGGCUGGGCCACACCAACCGAAGCUGCCGGCGUCGGAGCGGUUGGUGCAUUGAUCCUUGCAGUAGUCUAUCGGCGCUGCACAAUCAAAAUGCUGGGUGAAGUGUGCGAUUCAACCCUCUCGACCACCGCCAUGGUAUUUUUCAUUCUGAUCGGCGCCUCUAUUUUCUCGUUAGUUUUUCGCGGCUAUGGUGGUGACGAUCUGGUGCAUACCUGGUUCGAGAACAUGCCAGGGGGCAUGUGGGGUGCCCUGGCAAUUGUCAUGCUGGCGAUUUUCCUGCUGGGGUUCAUCCUGGAUUUCAUUGAAAUUACUUUUGUUGUUGUACCCAUUGUCGGGCCGGUAUUGCUGGCGAUGGGCAUAGAUCCUAUCUGGCUGGGCGUGCUGAUUGCCGUCAAUCUGCAGACUUCGUUCCUUACCCCGCCAUUUGGCUUUGCACUGUUUUACCUGCGUGGGGUCACACCGCCAGAGGUACCCACUACCGCAAUUUACCGCGGCGUGGUGCCUUUUAUUAUCAUGCAGCUCCUUUUACUGGGUGUGUUACUGGCCUGGCCGUCACUCGCCACAUGGCUGCCUGGCGUUAUCUAUGGAUAG